CUUUCCCCGGCCUCGCGCGCCCCCGCCCCCGCCCCGCGCGCCGCGCCCCGGUCCCCGCCCCGUCCGGCGUGCAGGGCUCUGGGUGUGGCCGCCGUCUCGUGUGGCGGAGCCUGCUCACGGUUCGCUCCCCGCAGCCGAACACCCAGCAGCAGCUCGGUGGUGGCAGCCCGGCUCCAGCUCUUCACGUAGGACGCCUGAGGAAAACGGUCAGGAAGGAUGAGCGAACUGGAACAGUUGAGGCAGGAAGCUGAGCAGCUGCGGAAUCAGAUCCAGGAUGCUAGGAAGGCCUGCAACGAUGCCACACUGGUUCAGAUCACGUCUAAUAUGGACUCUGUGGGCCGGAUACAAAUGCGAACAAGGCGCACGCUGCGGGGCCACCUCGCUAAGAUCUACGCCAUGCACUGGGGAUAUGAUUCCAGGCUACUAGUCAGUGCAUCCCAAGAUGGAAAAUUAAUUAUUUGGGAUAGCUAUACCACAAAUAAGAUGCAUGCCAUUCCGCUGAGGUCUUCCUGGGUGAUGACCUGCGCCUAUGCCCCAUCUGGGAACUAUGUUGCCUGUGGAGGUUUGGACAACAUCUGCUCCAUAUACAACCUGAAGACGCGUGAGGGGAACGUGCGGGUGAGCAGAGAACUGCCAGGGCACACAGGCUACUUGUCCUGCUGUCGAUUCCUAGAUGACGGACAGAUCAUCACCAGCUCGGGAGACACAACUUGUGCUCUGUGGGACAUCGAGACGGGGCAGCAGACUACGACCUUCGCAGGACACUCGGGUGACGUGAUGAGUCUCUCACUGAGUCCUGACCUGAAGACCUUUGUUUCUGGUGCUUGUGACGCGUCUUCAAAGCUGUGGGAUGUCCGAGACGGCAUGUGUAGACAGUCUUUCACAGGACACAUCUCGGACAUCAAUGCUGUCAGCUUCUUCCCAAGUGGCUAUGCCUUUGCCACGGGCUCCGAUGAUGCCACCUGCCGGCUCUUUGACCUCCGUGCAGACCAAGAGCUACUGCUGUAUUCUCAUGACAACAUCAUCUGCGGGAUCACGUCCGUGGCUUUCUCCAAGAGCGGCCGCCUUCUGCUAGCCGGCUAUGACGACUUCAACUGCAGCGUGUGGGAUGCGCUGAAAGGAAGCCGGGCAGGUGUCCUUGCUGGUCAUGACAACCGUGUUAGCUGCUUAGGCGUGACUGAUGACGGCAUGGCUGUGGCCACCGGCUCCUGGGACAGUUUUCUUAGAAUCUGGAAUUAACAGUGUCCUGUGUUCUGUUCUCCAAUGGCUAUCUGGAGAUCCAUGCUACAGCCUACAGCUGUGAGAAGAAACUCUACCUUCUGUUUGCGGAUGAGGAUUUUUCUAUUGAGAUGACUACAUACGAAAGAAAGCGUCUUUGAAUAAAGUACAGCCAAAUGGUGGUCAGAGACAAUCAAGACUAAGGUCCCUUGCUGAGGGCGAAGGGCCUGGGUAUUGAGCAGUUGUGCUGACAUUGAGCCCGACAGAUUCCUGCUUAUGCUGGUCCUUUCUCUGUAGAUUAGAAUGCACAUUCUGUAGCGGGUGACUGUGUGUUUGCAUUUUGUUAGGGACUCCCCUUGAACUCUGUAUAUAUGAGAAACAUCACAUUUUUAAAGUAUUGUCAUGGUAGAGCCAGGACCCGUAAUAGGCAGAAGUGAUAUUGUAGAUAUAUGUGCUGUCUGAAGGUGUCCCCUUGGGCUCUGACAUUGCAUUUGAGUCAGGAUGGCCUCAUGAUUAGGAGGGCUGAUAGGUGAGGUGGCUCUGCAGAAGCCAGUGGCUGUUCAUGCAUUCUUUGCCAUGCUGGGGAUCUAAGUAAGUGCUCCUUUUGAGUCAUUUGAGGGGACAGGUGAUGUGAAGGCCAGGGGGUAAAAAUUUCACCGACAUAGGGGGGCACACUGAAAUGUCAUUACAAUUUAUUAUAACCAGUAGACAUUGGCAUGUAUGUUAAUUUUUGGUAUUCUAAAAGGUUGAGCCCUUUGAACCUUUAGAUCUUGCUGUUAAUUUCACAUUCUGAAACCAAGUUUUGUAGAAUGUACUAGUAUUUCAAAAGUUUGACAAAACCUGACUUGCCCGUUUCUGAAGACUCCUGUCCAGUAUUCUCUGUAAUGGGUAGGAAACAGUGGCUCACCUUUAACAUUUUUGAGAAAUGUAAACUCAUCCACUCAGCUGGCACUAACAUAUAUAAGAUGGCUUUAUGAAUUCUGUGUAAUGUGAGAUCUGAAUUGGUAUAAAUUAUCUGCACCCUUAAACCUUUGCUCUUCUAUUUUGGUGGUGCUGCAGAAGGAACCUAGGGCCUUGUGCCCACCAGGCUUGCUCUGCACCCCGGCUCCUCAGAUGCAAGCAAGCGUUCUGCUGCCGUGCAGUAAUUCCUCCAGAGCACGACAUACCUGUUCCUACGCAGCUUGCAGCUGAGUGUGCAGAGCUGGCCCCUGGAGCCUACAGCAUCGUUUCAGAGGGUCCGCUCACAGCAGGCUGUCCAAUUGCUCUGUCCAGCCUCUCCUCUAGUUUUCUCCUAAAAUUUAAAUGACUGACAAUAGCAGACUGUUACCUCUUGCGGGGUGCUGCCUUCAUGGGUUACCCGGAUGUAUACAAAACAUUGUUUGAAACUCAGUAACACAUAUGUUGCUGUUUAAUAGUUUGUUAAAGUUGAUCACCUGUAACUGUAACUUUAACACUUCCAAACUCUGGCAUUUUCAUCCUUAUACUGUGACUGUGCCCGUGUAUGUGUCUGCUGGGAUGAAAUCAGCAGCAGCUUUAUUAAGGUCAGUUGCGCUUCACGUACUACAAUGAACAGAGCCUCCUCCCCGACUGGACCUGAGUGGGGCAGAACGGGAAUGAAAAGCUGACAGACACAGGAGAGCUGGGGCCAUGGAAGAAACUGCAGCCCCCAGGAAGUGAGUUUGUUACAUGGAAUGGCCCAGAGGUGGUGCUGCUGCAUACAGGUGAACAAGGAGGCAGCCUUUACGGUACGCAGCUGGACCACGGAGACAGGGUUAGCUAGUCUGGGUGAGGGCGCCAUGGUGGACACGGCCCACCAACACUCAUACUCAAGCCAUUCUCCCGCACGUCCUUGUCACAGCAGCGCCCGUGUCACAGCACACAUUCGCUCCCAACAGCAGAGAGGUGAACCGAGAUAGAGUAUUGAAGAGAAACAGACUAUCAAUGACAGGUGUGACUGUACCUCAGUCCUCAUUCUGGGACCCCUUUGCUCUUGCCUAUUUGUGAAAUAGGGAGGUUACUUUAUGAAGCAUAGCUCUCUGAAAUAGGGCACAAUUUACUUAAAAGGGAAGAAUAAAAAAGACAGUGCUGGGCUGGAAUCUGGCCCUCCUUGUAUGUGCUGCGCUGUACCUCUGGGCUGCACCUGCAGCCUGCCCCACCCAAGCCAGAGUUGAGGCACACUAGAGGAUCACAAUCAUUUCCCCAAAAGGGUGUGUUUCCAAGACUGCUGUGUAACUCAGAACUCAUCCAAAACUCUGUGCAAAACAGCACUUCUAAUAUGUAUUUUAAAACGGGGCUAAAGGAUUUAAUCUGUGGUAAAGUGCUUCAAGCGCAGGGCCCUCGGUUCAGUCCUCAGUUUUGUCGGUCAAAAGUCAUACUGAAGAAUUCUAUGGCCCUAAAUAUUUUAAAAUGGAAUUCAGGGCAUGAGAGUUGGCUAAGCAGAUAAGAGCACUUGUUACUCUUGCAGAGAACCUGGGUUCAAUUCCCAGCAACCAUGUGGCAGCUCACAACCACCUGUAACUCCAGUCUCAGGGAAUAUGACUCCCUUGGACACAAGGCAAACAUUUGUACACAUAGAUCUAUAUUUAAAAAGGGGGUGUGCUUUCAUGUUAUUCAAAGCUUGUCCCUUACAAUGCAGCUGGAGAGUAACCAUGCGAACGAACAUAUGGCCCACUGCACACAGUGCCAAUGUUUGGCACAGUAGUGACCGUAAGUCAAGCUGCUUUCUACUGGUGGGUACCUUUAGGGUUUCUCUGCAGUUUGUUGUGGCUAAAUACACUGGCUUGCCUGAGACAUCCCAAAAUUAGCCUAUAUAAUGUGCCUUAGCAGGUUGAUGCUUAGCAUGCAAAACAUCAAACAAAGUUUGAGACCGGCAAGAUUUUUAACAUUUUGCUAUGGCUUCUGCCUUGGCCUCUAGCUGAGUCCACAGCAUUUUCCCCGAGAGUAUUGCAAAGGCACACAAUCUUUUCUAAGACAUUCCUCAACGUGCUGUUCAACAAGGACAGCUCUACCCUGAGAUGAGCAAGUUCAUUUUUGGCAGCUAUGCUCCAUGUAAUAUUCCAGGUCCCUUAUGAGCUUGGACUCAGUUGUGAUACACAUAUACUGUAUUGAAUUCCAAAUUCAUAAAAGCAGUGAGUGUUGGGCUCUGGUCCCUCAAGUUCAAGUCUAGUCAGUGGCUGUCAUUUUAAUUUAGACUUGGCCAGCUGAUUGAUGAUGUGUUUCUGAGAUGUAAGGAACUUGAAUCUGAACAUGACCUAGUGCAGUCCCGUAACCCUUCGCCUGGGGGGUUGCAUGUGAAGGACCACAGAGGGACCACUGAGAGUUGAGGCCAGUCAGCAGGGCUAUGAGGUGGAAACCUUAUUUAUCCCAGGGACUGGAGAGAUGGCUCUUGUCACAGAGCAUGAGUACAGUUCCCAGUUCAACUGCCUGUAACUUCAAGGGGCCCAAAGCCCUCUUCUGGCUUUCUCAGGCCCCGCACACACAAACCUAAUUUAAACAAAUCCCCCUUUGAAGAAAAAGAAACCCUAUCUUAAAAAAAAAAAAAAAAAGACCAUAAAAAUGACCAUUCUAUUGUUGAAAGUACUCUCCAAUUCCAUUCAAGACUUAGGGUUAGGAGUAAAACUAAGCCUUUGUUUUAGAAGUGAAAGUAUCCAGGGAAAUUAAGUGGGUACGAACAUCUUGGAUUUUGAAUCAUAAUGCACAUUCUUGUAUUAACUAGCCUAGAAAAACUGAAUAAGCAGACCCCAGAUGGACCCUGCCAUCAUUUAAAUACGGAACAUCCCUUUAGACUCUGCAGAUCAGACCUGGCUUGUACUGUAUUUGUUUUCUGGCCACUGUGGAAAGCACUGGUUUUACCAAGAUAAUCUUAAACUGAUCCUGUGGGACGUGAGGCGCACAGCAGGCUCACUUCUGCUGGUCACUGCUUACAACAGGUGCUCAUGGGAUGUCUGAGUCAGCACUGUUAGCCACAGGCAGAUGGAACAUCUUGUAUUUAGGAAAUAUUUUCCAUGUUUAUAGUUUUCUAAGAGUUUUUUUUUUCUUAAACCCAAUGGCUGAUUUUGUAAAACAGGUGUAAUAAUGUAGCAUUAUGAGGAAAAAAAACUUUUCAAUUAUAAGAACUGUAUCCAACAAAAUCUUCCAUAGCAUACUCUGUUAACUCGGACUUCUGUGAUACAGCUGUAGGCUGUCCAACCCCUUCUGUCUUUAUACAAUGGUGCUCUAACCUAUCAUUUUCUCCUCGAAGAGGCUUCUCUUUGAACAUCUGCAUUGUCUCACCGAAGCCAUCAGAUAGCAUAAAUGUGUCUUGAAGCAGAUUUGAGAAUUUUUUCUAUAAGGCACCUUGGAAAUGUCCUCAAGUAUUUUCAACACAGCCAGCUGAAUAUGAAUGUCAGCCAUAUGUCUAAAGCUUUCCCAUACAAGCAGAGGACCUGUGCCAGGAUCCAACAGUGCUGAGCUAGAACAGUGAUCCCUUAUUUGUACAGUAGCUUAUGCAAUGCUGUUGUAGUGAGCUGUACUAUACUCUGUAAUCAAUAAAGUGCUUUUCACUGUCUUCAUUGUACCAUGUUUUAAGUCAAAUUUUAGUGAGAUUUUUAAAAUUAAGUCCCAGAACUAAUUCAAAUUUAGUAUUUCCAUAGUUAACUAUACUUCCUUUGUUUAAAUGCUGUUUUUGUUGUUGUUGUUUAAAAAGAAAGGAAGUAAGGGAGAGACUGGCGUGUCACUGACCCAAAGCUAGCUUUUAGUUUAUUAUUAAAGCCACCAAUUUCUCAUUCACAGAUAGGUCAUUCCUUCCCGUGUGGAGCACAAGAGCAGGUCUGUAGUUCUAGUAGUUGGGAGACACACACAGGAAGAUCCCAAGUUUGAGGCCAGCUUGGACUACAUGUAAGACCCUGUCUCAAAAGAAACAACAUGCUUCCCCUGUAGCUCUCUUGGGGUAAUUUAGUUCCAUUUUUUAAAUUGAAAAAAAAAAUCUAUUCAAUGUUUAUAUCUCAAUUUUAAGAUUAAUGAAAGAGUUUGAAAUAGUUACCAAGACAAACAUAAAACAUUAGAGUCAGGCAUGAUACACGCCUUUAAUUCCAACAUUUGGGAGGCAGAGGCAGGUAGAUUUCUGAGUUUUGAGACCAGUCUGAUCUACAGAUCAAGUUCCAGGAUGGCCAGGGCUACACAGAGAAACCCUGUGUCGAAAACACCACCUACAGAAAAGGUUUGUAUUCUACCUGUUUAGGGAGUCCUGCUGGCUCAGUACUUACAAGUUGCAUGCCUACCACGGAAAACCUCUCAAACUGCCACUGACAGUGGCAAACCGGGGAUCUCUCCCUGUGACUGGCCAAAGGAACUAAAUGACAGUGGUGCUGUCAUGGGGGCCUCGGGUGUGAGAAAGACUUCCAUGACUAUCAUGAGAAUGACUGGGAUAGAAAUGAAAAGUCACUAACAGAUAGAUGCUGCAUUUAUCAACUAACGGCAAAUAGGUUUAUUGUCACCUUUCAAGCUUGCAUACUUAUAAAAAUGUUUUGUAAAAAGUUAAAGAUCAUAUAAAGUUUAUAAAACUGUAAACAUACACAGUAAAUCAUCAAGUAUGUGUGUAGUAACUGAGCAGAAACAGUCAUGAUUAUAUUCUGUGUAAUGCAUGAGCCCAGCCACAGGUGCACUCUAGUCUGGUAGAAAAGCUGGCUUCCAGCAGUAAAACAAUCUUUUCUCAACAGCCACGACUUCAUCAGCUGGGAACUGCACUCCUAUCCAGUGACGGAAAGCAUUCUGAACUAUGAACACUCAUUCCCAGACUGAGAGUACACUGAGAUCACCUGGAGGGCUUCUUGAAGCUUGCUGCAGACUCCAAACUUGAUAUGAUUCUACAACUCUGUGUUGAGCUUGAGAACCUGCACUUACAAGUUUCAAAGUAAUGUUGAUAACCCAGUGAUCAGACCCAGAGAACUACACUGAAGCAUGCUAAUUAUGUGGCCAGAAGUUAAAGUGCUCGGUGUAACUUUGUAACUUAGGUUAGCAGACCUUGAUUUCAGAUAAGUUUUUCAUGUAAUUUUCACCUAAUCACACUUGGUUACCAUUUGGGGGGGUGAAAUAGCAGCAAUAAAAGCAAA